AUGGCUCAGCCUCAAGCUGUAAACAUUUACUCCCGGAUGUACCUGGCCCAGUGCGGAGAUGUUGUGGUUGAAACGGUGAUCUGCAUCAAAGGGAACGUGAGCGAAUUCAUUACAGUCAAGGUGAUUACUGUCAGCUGCACACAGUGGGAGACAGACAUGGAGCCCAAGCAGUGUCUGGAUUCCUUGAUUUGGAGAAUAUACUGUUGAUGCACAAGUAAAAUAGCUUGUACUUCACGCACGCACACUCACAAAGACACAUAAGCGCACACACACACACACACACACACAGUCCACACACACACACACAGUCCACACACACACACGAGUGAGUGUGUGAGUAAGAGACUCCCACUCAGGUAGGCAUACGUGUGCAGUCUACAGAUUACAGUAGGGCGGCUCAGCCAGAGGAGAUGGGUAGUGGUGAGUUUACUACCCAGCACACGCACGCGUCUGCUCUGUAUGAUAAUGUGGAUGCACAGGCAUGAGAGAGGCCAGGUUGAAACCAGGCCAAUGCUAACCCCUCUCCCAUUUUGAACACAAGCGCAUUAGCCACAGGAUACACUGAGUGUAAUCAGAUAACUCGUCAAGGUCAUAACACGUCCGCAUGGUAUGAGGGAGCAGGACGUGGGAUGCAUCCCAAAUGGUACCCUAUUCCCUUUAUAGUGCACUACUUUUGACCCAGGCCCACAUUAACCUCUCUCACUCUCAUUGGUCUAUAACAGCAUUUCUCAUACACAUAGGGCUCUGGUCAAAAGUGGUGUUCUACAAAAGGAAAAGGGCCUCUGGUCAAAAAAUGAAUAGGGUGCCAAUUUGGACAAGGGCCCUAGUCAAAAUGUGUGUGCUAUAAAGGCAAUAGGGUGUUGUUUGGACUAGAGGUUGACAGGUUGAUUCCGGCAGGAAUGGGAAAGAAUUUCUAGAGUCAAGUUCAGAACAGGACAGGAUUCCUUAUUGAUGUCACUUGUUAAAUCCACUUCAAUCAGUGUAGAUGAAGGGGAGGAGACAGGUAAAGAAGGAUUUUUAAGCCUUGAGACAAUUGAGACAUUGAUUGUGUAUGUGUGCCAUUGAGGUGUGUUUUCAUGGCACACAUUGGGCCCCAUCAUAAAUGCCAAUUAGGUGCAUCCCUUCAUGGCAGCAGUGUAUUGAUCUGCACAUUUCAGCAGGAUAAUGCCCCAUGCCACAAGGCUAGGGUUUUCCAGGAAUGGUUCCACGAACAUGACAGUGAAUUCAGCUUACUGCAGUGGCCUGCCCAGUCACCAGAUCUCAAUCCAAUUGAGCAUCUGUGAAUAAGAUGGAACAAGCUAUUUGGAGUAGAGAUCCACUACCAGCCAACUUGACACAACUGUGGGAAGCAUUGGAGUCAACAUGGGCCAGCAUCCCUGUAAAACGCUUUCGACACCUUGUUAGAGUCCAUGCCCUGACGAAUUGAGGCUGUUCUGAGGGCAAAAGGGGGUGCAACUCAAUAUUAGGAAGUUGUUCCUAAUGUUUUGUAAACUCAGUGUAGUUUAUUUAAAAUAAUAAGAACAAUUAUAAAAAAAUAAAUGGUAAUUUCCCCCUUCCGUCAGCUCACUCUCGUGCCUCGCUCCAGUUGUAGCCAGACACUACUUUAGCUUAUGCACGCGGAGACCCACAAUUACACAUGCCCAUAUCCAUGAGUUCAUCCGACUCUGGGUAAGAGGAAGGGCUGCCUUCAUUGCCAAAAUCUCGUAAUGUGGUUGUUAUUAGCUGUGUGUGCAGGCAACGGUCUCAUGAGCACUGAGCAGCAGCUAAAUGAAGCAGUUGCUAUGGCUACUCACAGCCCAAGCGGGAGACAGACGAUUUCCACUAGAUGGCACAGCCACAAAGUCAAAAUUGUCUAUAUCGUAAAAAUGCACGAAAACUAAAAUGAACUUUUAGGUUAGGGUUAGGCAGUGUGAUUAAGGUUAGGGUUAAAGUUAGGCGGGGGGUUAUGACUUUGUGACUGUGGUAACUAGUGAUGACCGGGACAAACAGACAGCAGCUAACGGAGGAAGUUAUUUCUGAUUUCCACGUGUAAAAAUGGGCACGUGAGGGAUUUUUAUCAGGAUGGGACAGGAACAUUUCUGGGGUUAUAAAACUGUUUGCGGGAUCAGGACUGUACGGGGAUUUUUUUUUUACAGGACAAGACGGGACAGGAAUAAAUUUUCACUCCCGUGUCAACCUCUAAUUUGACAUCCCAAGUGCUAUUCUGAUACCAGCUGUUAUGGAAAGAGGUGCUCUGCUUUAUAAGCAGUAGGUCUAAUAUAAAUGUGUGUUUUAUGUCACAUUGAGCUAUGAUAUAAUAUGUGUUUACAUGCAUACCCACAUAUGUACUGUGUUUUACAGAGCUUUUAUAAACCUCUGAAAGUGGUUUUGAGUCAUAAACUGUUGUCUGGUCUUUUCUCUUUGAAACCUUUUAUGAAGUGCUCAUAUGCUCAUCAAUUGAAAAGCAUAUGAUCAGUGAUGCAUCCCGUUAGAAAAUCGAGAAAUCGGAUUUGACUAUGCAAUGUUUCAAUCAGUGUUAGCCUACAUCUGAUUACUAUGCAAUGUUUCAAUUACUGUUAGGCUACGUCGCAUUUUUUUUGCUCGUUAUUUUGCUAUUCAGUUGUCAUUAGGUGGCAUCUUAUGAACUGAACUUGUAGCUCCCACGCAGAAUGUCUCAUAUUUCUUAUUUGCCCCUGGUGUUCCUUCUAGAUAACAUAUUGGGGCACAGUCUUCGCCGCCCGAUUUCUCUCAUGUCUUUUCUCUCAGCCCCGUCCUCCUUUAGAUUACACAGUGCCUGGCUCUACUUCCUCAUGCCCUGUACUCUGCCCUUGCAGCCCUUUCACACCAUUGUGUCCUUCCACCCCAUAGAGCCUAGGCCCUCUUCACCAGAACCCGUAAUCAGUGCAUUGCUGCCAGUGGAAUGCACCACAGGCAUUUCCUCUCUUCUCACUAGUCGAUAUUAGUGUUUCUCUUACCAUUAUUAUCAUCAGCGGGCAUGAAACCCUACUGAAGGGACUAGGCUGAAAACGAAUAAGCAUCAAAUACUAACCUUAAGUUUGAAUUGAAAAUUUAACAACACAAGUUUGCCUACAGGCUGACUUGAUAAUGGUAUCCAUAUGUAAAUCUAGAUGUAAUGCUGCUGUGCCUGCCCCUGUGGUCCUGCUACCAGUCCUGCUGCCUGCCCUUCCAGCCAGAUAAUUGGCUCUGAAUUAGCGCCCCUAAUGUGACGGUGCAAAAGGCUGCUCUGUAAUGGCCUUUGGCCUUUCGACGGACGCCACGUGUCACACCCAAUGAUAUAAAAUGAGCAAGGGUCAUGGCUGGGUUAUUUCUGUAUAUUUUUUCAACGGUUGGUCUUAGAAUAAUGGGGAUGGAUGCAUCAGUGAUUUUGCACUCAUGGAACUACUUUUUGGGUCUGGGGCGAAGGACGGUACAGUAAAAACAUCGUCUUUGAUUGAUCCUUGAUUUUGUGUCCUCACGCGUGUGUGACUGUGAGUGUGUUUCAAUUGAACUGUCUAAAAUACAUAUUUUGUAGGUGACAGAAUAGUCUAUAUGGAUAUUUUAUAGUGUUUUUCUCUUUCUUCAUGUUUACUCUCUGUUGCCUGGCAACGCAGACAUAGUUGUAGCCUGUUACAUGCAUCCCAGCAUCCCCUGUUAACAUGUUACGCCUGUCCUGUCUGCCAGCCAGAUGUGUGUGUCCACGCACCUGUUCCUUAGGCUCGACUAUCAACCUUUUUUGACUAUACAGACUACUGCAGAUGAUCUCCUGUAUAGUAGACACAUUUGCACACAUUAUUAGAACUUAGAUGAGAACAUAUUCUCUGCUCUCUGAACUAGCUGUAAGAUUUUUUAUUGUGGAUGAGGAUGGAUUUGUGGUGGUUCCUGAUUUACAUAUGUUCAAAUCAUAUUUUAUUUGCCACAUGUGCCGAAUACAACAGGUGUAGACAUUACAGUGAAAUGCUUACUUACAAGCCCUUAACCAACCAUGCAGUUAAAAAAAAAAAAAGUAAAAAAAAAAAAAAAAAGUUAAUUAAGAAAAAAAAUGAAUAAAAGCAAAUAGCUAAAGAGCAGCAGUAAAAUAAAAUAGCAGUAGGGAGGCUAUAUAUAGGGGGGUACCGGUACAGAGUCGAUGUGCGGGGGCACCGGCUAGUCGAGGUAAUUGAGGUCAUAUGUACAUGUGGGUAGAGUUAAAGUGACUAUGCAUAAAUAGUAAACAGAGUAGCAGCAGCGUAAAAUAGGUGGAUGGGGUGGGGGGGUGCAAAUAGUCCGGGUAGCCAUGAUUAGCUGUUCAGGAGUCUUAUGGCUUGGGGGUAGAAGCUGUUGAGAAGCCUUUUGGACCUAGACUUGGUGCUCAGGUAUCGCUUGCCGUGCGGUAGCAGAGAGAACAGUCUAUGACUAGGUAUAGAGGUCCUGGAUGGCAGGAAGCUUGACCCCAGUGAUGUACUGGUCCUUGCGGUCGGAGGCUGAGCAGUUGCCAUACCAGGCGGUGAUGCAACCAGUCAGGAUGCUCUCGAUGGUGCAGCUGUAUAACUUUUUGAGGAUCUGAGGACCCAUGCCAAAUCUUUUCAGUCUCCUGAGGGGGAAUAGGGUUUGUCGUGCCCUCUUCACGACUGUCUUGGUGUGUUUGGACCAUGAUAGUUUGUUGGUGAUGUGGACACCAAGGAACUUGAAGCUCUCAACCUGUUCCACUACAGCCCCAUCGAAUGGAAUGGGGGCGUGCUCAGUCCUCUUUUUUUUCCUGUAGUCCAUAAUAAUCUCCUUUGUCUUGAUCACGUUGAGGGAAAGGUUGUUAUCCUGGCACCACACGGCCAGGUCUCUGACCUCCUCCCUAUAGGCUGUCUCAUUGUUGCCGGUGAUCAGGCCUACCACUGUUGUGUCGUCAGCAAACUUAAUGAUGGUGUUGGAGUCGUGCCUGGCCAUGUAGUCAUGGGUGAACAGGGAGUACAGAAGGGGACUGAGCACGCACCCCUGAGGGGCCCCCGUGUUGAGGAUCAGCGUGGCAGACAUGUUGUUACCUACCCUUACCACCUGGGGGCGGCCCAUCAGGAAGUCCAGGAUCCAGUUGCAGUGGGAGGUAUUUAGUCCCAGGAUCCUUAGCUUAGUGAUGAGCUUUGAGGGCACUAUGGUGUUGAACGCUGAGCUGUAGUCAAUGAAUAGCAUUCUCACGUAGGUGUUCCUCUUGUCCAGGUGGGAAAGGGCAGUGUGGAGUGCAAUAGAGAUUGCAUCAUCUGUGGAUCUGUUGGGGCGGUAUGCAAAUUGUAGUGGGUCUAGGGUUUCUGGGAUAAUGGUGUUGAUGUGAGCCAUGACCAGCCUUUCAAAGCACUUCAUGGCUACAGACGUGAGUGCUAUGGGUCAGUAGUCAUUUAGGCAGGUUAUCUUAGUGUCCUUGGGCACAGGGACUAUGGUGGUCUGCUUGAAACAUGUUAGUAUUACAGACUCAGUCAGGGACAUGUUGAAAAUGUCAGUAAAGACACUUGCCAGUUGGUCAGCACAUGCUCGGAGUACACGUCCUGGUAAUCCGUCUGGCCCUGCGGCCUUGUGAAUGUUGACCUGCUUAAAAGUCUUACUCACAUCGGCUAUGGAGAGCGUGAUCACAUAGUCAUCCGGAACAGCUGAUGCUCUCAUGCAUGCUUCAGUGUUGCUUGCCUCGAAGCGAGCAGAGAAGUGAUUUAGCUCGUCUGGUAGGCUUGUGUCACUGGGCAGUUCGCGGCUGUGCUUCCCUUUGUAGUCUGUAAUAGUUUUCAAGCCCUGCCACAUCCGACGAGCGUCAGAGCCGGUGUAGUACGAUUCAGUCUUAGUCCUGUACUGACUCUUUGCCUGUUUGAUGGUUCGUCGGAGGGCAUAGCGGGAUUCCUUAUAAGCUUCCGGGUUAGAGUCCCGCUCCUUGAAAGCGGCAGCUCUACCCUUUAGCUCAGAAGCGGAUGUUGCCUGUAAUCCAUGGCUUCUGGUUGGGGUAUGUACGUACGGUCACUGUGGGGACGACAUCAUCGAUGCACUUAUUGAUGAAGCCAGUGACUGAUGUGGUGUACUCCUCAAUGCUAUCUGAAGAAUCCCGGAACAUAUUCCAAUCUGUGCUAGCAAAACAGUCCUGUAGCUUAGCAUCUGCGUCAUCUGACCACUUUUUUAUUAACCGAGUCACUUGUGCUUCCUGCAUUUAUUUAUUAUUAUUAUUUUUUUUUUACCUUUAUUUAACCAGGUAAGCCAGUUGAGAACAAGUUCUCAUUUACAACUGCGACCUGGCAAUACUUUAGUUUUUGCUUAUAAGCAGGAAUUAUGGUCAGAUUUGCCAAAUGUUAGGUUUAUGUGCUUGACAGAUAUGCCGCACAACGUAUAAUCAUUGCGAUGUUAUGACCACCAUAACUCUUGUUGAAUAGCGGCCUUAAAAGCACUGUUUGUUAAAUCUGUCCCUCUCUAUGUGCCCGGAUUUCACUCCCAAAUAUUUGAUACUAAUCAGUAUUAUCAGUCUGUAUUUAUGUUGUAAUUAAAAGUGUGAGGUAUUUCCCUGGUUCUAUUCACAGGAGGAAAGGCACACGUCCAAUAUAAUAUUUCUUUCAUUAUUCACCUAGGGUUGUUAUUCUGUGAUACGUCUAAUAAUAGGGGUGGUGUUGAUUUCAAAAGGGCUGGAAUGCAACAAUUACAAGGCUGCAUCUUGGAUUUGGCAUAGUUGAUAGAGUAUACAGGAUGUCAUACCUGUGCAAUGUUAACGACACUCUGCAUUGCAAGGUGAAUAAGGGUUUUUAAUUUAAUUAGAUUAAGUUGAAUUGAAUAUUAUUCUGAUGACAGUGACAUCAGUAAGUUGGGUCUUCGUUUUGUUAGGAGGUAGGAAGGAUAUGUUUGUCUGGAUGUGACGUUAGGGUAUUGAAAUACAUGAUGCAGCACAGAGGAGUUUAGGUAGUAGGAUCUGAUUCAUUAAAACAUGAAUGUACAACCACUGAUAGGUGAGACGACUGGGUAGACAAAGUCACUUGGAAAAAGGAGUUAAUGAAAAUAUACUAUUUAAGCAUUGUAUAUUUAUAUAUUUUUUUUACCAACUCCGUUUAGUUUUUUUUCUUCCAAAUUAAGUUACGUUUUCUCCAUUUUGUUUUUACAUUUUACAUUUUUUUUACAUUUUAGUCAUUUAGCAGACGCUCUUAUCCAGAGCGACUUUCAGUUAGUGAGUGCAUACAUCUUUCAUACUCAGAUAUUUCCCAGUUUUUCAGGUUUUCGCUCUCAAAAUUACACUUAAAAAAAAUUCUGGGUCUUGUUGUUCAUGUCUGUUCUCUUAUGUUUAGAUAAGAACUGUACACAUGUCUUUCAUACCUAUACACCAUUCUUGUGUGUGUUCAAUAAAAAAUAUUUGAACAGAAAAUGUAAAUCAAUUUAUACCAUUUUUGACAUGAGUUUUUCUGGAUUAUUUUGUUGUUAUUCUGUCUCUCACUGUUCAAAUAAACCUACCAUUAAAAUUAUAGACUGAUAAUUUCUUUGUCAGUGGGCAAACGUACAAAAUCAGCAGGGGAUCAAAUACUUUUUCCCCUCACUGUAGAUUGGCAUCCAACAUAGAUUGCAAAUCAAAUUGAAAACCACCAAAAGUAAAACCUUAAGAAAUAUUCAAAUGAGGCUUUACACCCUAUUAACUCAAAGGAAGUAAAUUGAAAGUGAAGUGUACUCUGCUGUAGUUUGUUCUUAAUUCAAAACAACACAGAAAAGUGUAAAAUGGCAAGGGAGUGGAUUAAAAAUGAUACUGAAAAGAAUAAAUGGCAUUUGGAGUUAGAUUUAAGCAACUCUCUGAGAGUUGGAUAGUGUCGUUUUAACUCCAAAAAUAUCAACACCAUGACCAGAGUAGUUUUAACACAAAAUGGGUGUGGGACCAUAUAAAACCCAAAAUAGUGUUACAUUUGACUUCAUAGGAGGUGAAUUAACUCUUGCAAUUUUACUGCACAUUUUAUUUAUUUAUCAACUCUCAAUAUUGAGCGUUCUACCACAGUUUUACAACCAAAGUAAUUUGUAUGGCUUUGAGAUACGGAGCACGGGAAGCACGUGACUGCCAUUGGCAGUGAUUGCAUAGGCUAAUAUAGUCAUCAUUGGGUAGUAGCAGAGGUUAUUUAGGACAUUCAAUUUGGUGUUAAAUUAAUCAAUUACACUGCUAACUAGCAGUAUUUUAUAUUUAGCGAUCUAGCUGAAGAGUUUUGAGUUUUCACUUCCUCAGAUGGUGAAUUAGCCCCAAAUGAAUUAGCCUUUCUGAUAUUAGUACAAACAAAAAGAUGUAAACAAAUUAAUCUGUAUUGAACAAAAGAGUUUGAAAUUCUGGAGCCCUAUUUUGAUAUAGCAACAAUAGCCUAAUUGUCAACCCAAAAUGUAUGACAAUCACUGAUUUAGGUUGCACAUCACAAUAUCUUGAAUUAUCCAUUCCUGCUGCAUGUUAUAUGAAACAACUUAUUUAACCAUACUAUCUCAGUAGCACUGUGAAUGAUUUAAUAAGAUGAUUGCACAUUUUUUCUUAUUGUGUGACGCCAUGGCAAAAUGUUGGUGCGGCCAAAUCAUGGGCUGGUGCCACCAAAUUAAAAUGUUAGUGACACUAAUGCACCAGGGUAAAUGUUAGUUUGGAGCCCUACCGUAACCUUAAUUAAUUUCAACCCCUAUACCUUACCUUAAGUUUCCAUUCUGCCGGUUAAAUAUACACCUCCUACUAUUUUAGACUGUUGGGACACAGCCAUGUGCUUGGGCAACACUUCGUGCCCCUGUCCCUGUCCCCAUUCUCCACAGAGAAACCCGGUACUGACAAGACCUGUCACUUUGCUGCAGCACGGGGUCUGAUAUGCACUAGAAGGAGCCAGUCGCCAUGGCCUGCCGCUGGCCCCUUUCCCUAUUCAAUUUCCAGUUUCUACUAUAUUGGAAAAACCAAAGUUGGGAUCAAUUCCCUUCCAAUCCCAGUCAGGUUAAUCCAGCCGAUACAUUCAAAUCAAACCAACAAACAAAGAUUUCCACUGAAAAACGGCACAUGCUUUGCUGCACUAUAGUGUCUGUUUUGUCUGUAUAGAGAUGUAUGCAGCAUGCGCAUGGAUCCUCGCUAUGUCCCCAGGGACAGUGGCAGCUCAGUCUCCUGAAAUCUCUUUGUGCCCAUCACUCACACAGUGGGCUCCAGUUACGGCAGACUUCCCAUUCUCCACUAAGGGGGUGGGGUGGUGCUCCAUCAAAUGGAAUGAUAAUGUAUUUGGUUGCAUUUGAAGCAGUGACUCGUAUUCAACCCCCUCCUCAUACAGGAUGUGUCUAUCACUGUCUCUGCUUAGACCUGUAGUUAAGGUGUCCCAGUGUUGUCUCUAGAUCCCAUGAGAUAUUUAGAUGUGACAAUCCAUCUCCCCGUCCCCAGACUCCCUACCCUUCUCUCUCCCCCCCCCCCCCCCACCACACUAUCCUUAUCUAUCUCUCUCUGCCUGUGUCCUCAUCCUCUCGCGUAACCAUUUGUUUACCAUCUCUCGCUCUCUCUCUCUGUGCUUCUCUCACUCGCUCUGUUCCCCCCCCCCUCUCUCUCUCUCUUUCUCUGUUUCUUUCUCUCUCUCUCUCUCCCUGUGACAGUGUUGCAGCGACGCCUGGGAGCCCCAGGACAAAUCUGCUGAAACUCCAGGAGAGUUAGUGGAACAACAAACACUCCUCAGUAUUGCUUCUGACUAGGGCUGUCUGUGUGGGAGCCCUGCCGUUCUCCAUACACACCCUAUCACACCACCCCUCAGUCCCCCCUCUCUCACCAGACACCUCACCUUCUGACCUCACUCUGACCCACGUAAUUUAUGUUGCACCCAUAGCUUUAACAUUAUCCACACGUGUUACUCUGGCAUAUAUCUACUUCAACAUUAACCAUUACCCUGUCCUAUAUAUUCCUCAACAUUAUCCAUAUGUCUUACUCUGUCCUAUAUCUUCCCCAACAGCACUCUCACAGAUUGCAGUCUGAGCUAAUAUCUCCAGCAUGGUUAGGUCACCUUCCGGCCUAUAUCCUCUAGCCAUCUGCAGACAUAACCUCUCUAUCUCUUUCAUUCGCUAUAUCCCUCUCUUUUUCUAUGCAUUUCUAAAACCCCAGAUUUUUUAAACUGGCUCAUGUCAUGCUUAUUCAGCGUAGGCCUGCGCCAUAUUACACAUCAUACUGUAGAUAUUACUAAAGCAGAGCACUUACUAAUAAUAGCCACGAUGAUUAUAUAAAAAAUGCCUUAAGGCAACGUAAACCGUCUAAUUUCAAAUCCCCCAAAUCUUCCAAGAACUAGGAAGUAAAAUUUGACAACCUCCUUUCCACCGUAUGCCGCCUUCCACCGAGAUUAAUUUAGCACUGGGCAGCAGCAAAGCCCCAGCUGUGCCCAAUAAGCUCGUUAAUCAUCCAAUGCCAUCAAACGAGUGGGCAGACGCGGGAGCGAAUCGCAUUAGCUCCGUUCACGUCGCAGCCACUCAGUGCAUUAUUGUCAAUGCCACCGCAUCGGGCUAUGAUAAAAUCAGCCCAUUCAGUGAGAAAGGCACUGUCUCUCGCCGUGGUAACGGCUCUCCGUUGGUUUAUGGCCCGGUACAGCUUUCAGGGCUUACUAUAGUAACUGGUGAAGUGUCCUCAUUGUGGAGCGAUGUGCUCAGUCUUCAGCUGUCUACAUCUGUCUUCUGGGGGACCAAUGAUGGGGGGAGGGGGGUUGUGGUGUUCGGUGUGUGUGUGUGUGCGCGCACGUGUGUGUCUGUGUUCGGUGUGGGUUUGUGGCAUGUGUGUUUUUGGUUUAUGGUUUGGGCUCUUUUUGAAAAACGGUCUAGCAUAGGAUGCCAUGUGCAUAAAUGAAUUAUUGAUGUAUUUGUCAGGUAAUGACUCUUUGCAUUAGCUUGCUUUAUUCUCAAGUAUAAGAACACACAUUGACUUAAUUUCUCCAUAUUCUGACCAUGGGCUAUGAGCUCACAAGAUAGAUUGAAAUGUGUAGAAAAAGAGGGAGAACGGUGAAGAGAUGUAGGAGAGAGGAUGGAGAGGGUGAGGAGCGAAUGAAGAGAGAAAUAUUGAGAGAGAGAAGGGCAUGGAUAGAGAGAGGGAGAAAGGGAUAGAGAAAGGGGUUGUGAGAGAGUAAGGGAUAGAGAGAGAGAGGGAUAGAGAGAAGGAGAAAGGAAGAGCGAGAGAGCAGGACUCUGUCUUCUCCCCUCCCCAGUGGUAUUAAUUAGGAGCUCCAGAUGAGUGGAGGAGCCCUGAGGGGGAACACGGUUCAUGUCAGGCCAAGCGUACUGGAGCUUUACUAUAUGGUACAGGAGCUACAGACAGACAGGCUGGGAGAGGCUCUUAUCUCCAUGGGUUUCCACUAUACCAUUACUUAGUGCUGCUAGCCAUGGAAUGAUGUUUGUUUAAGACUGUUAAAUCACAUAUCACAAAUGUCUCCAUUGCAUAAUUAACCACCUAAUACAGUUCUGGACCGUUUUUUCCAGACCCAGAUUAAGCCUAGUCUUGGGCAAAAAUGCAGUUUUAAAUGGAGGCAUAGUCUGUAUCCGGCAAACCGGCCAUUCAACUUUUCUUGAACUGUAAAACAAUAGAGCAUGGUGAAAUAAUAGAUGAUCCAGGUACUGACUGUAUCAUCUUCUUCUUGCUAACAGGUGCCUGGGAGGGUAUGAUUGGCUGGUAGUUUGCGCAAAAGUAUAAUAGUUAAUCUUACUCAUGCAGACCAAGUGAAAAGCUACUCGUCCUCUUCUUUUUAUGUAUUGAAAAAACAUAUAUUAUUUUCUAUGCUGUCAUGAUUCUGUUAAUGAAAACAUGUCUAACAGCCCCCCCUUUUCUCUCCUCUCUAUCUCCCCUCUUCUCUCUCUUUUCUCCCAGAACUCAAUACGGCAUAAUCUGUCCCUAAACAAGUGUUUUCUCAAAGUGCCUCGCUCUAAAGAUGACCCUGGAAAAGUAAGUAUUCCCUGACCAUUAUAGUCUAUGAGUACAUAUUUAACACUAGAACCGCUUGGCCAUGAGGGACCCCCCUUCAAGCUAAUGAGCAGUCAUUCUGACUGCAACAUUCUAACAGUGUAAUUAAUACAUUUCAUAUAUGCUACGCAAAAAUUAUAAUUUGGUUGUGUUUAUGAAGGCCUUAGGUAAUAUUAGAAUAGAAAAAUAUGUAUUUCAAAUAACACAAUAGCAUUUUCAUUAGUUUAUGUUACUGUAGGCUAUAUGUAAAAAAAUCUAUAAUAAUUUAAAGUGUUCAAUCAAUGUUAUUCGUGGAGUGCCUUUGUUACAACUAUGAAACAGAAAGCAUAUGUGUUGGAACGUUGUAACAGCUUCUUUUUAUAAAGACGACAUUUAAAAAAUACCCUAACCAUCAAGAUGCACGGUCAUCAAGACGCGCGGUCAAAUGAUGAAAACACCAGUAGCCUAAAAAUCAAGCACCAAGUCUGCUUGUUAAAUAGUGAAAAUCAGCACAAAAUCAAUAAUGGUGGCAUAAUGAACAUACUUUAAGUGUCGAUAUGACAGCAGUCAAAAAUUGUCAAUUAUUGCCAGCUCGUGCUUACAGUUGAAGUAAGAAGUUUACAUACACCUUAGCCAAAUACAUUUAAACUCAGUUUUUCACAAUUCCUGACAUUUAAUCCUAGUAAAAAUUCCCUGUCUUAGGUCAGUUAGGAUCACCACUUUAUUUUAAGAAUGUGAAAUGUCUUAAUAAUAGUAGAGCGAAUGAUUUAUUUCAGCUUUUAUUUCUUUUAUCACAUUCCCAGUGGGUCAGAAGUUUACAUACACUCAAUUAGUAUUUGGUAGCAUUGCCUUUAAAUUGUUUAACUUGGGUCAAACGUUUCGGGUAGCCUUCCACAAGCUUCCCACAAUAAGUUUGGUGAAUUUUGGCCCAUUCCUCCUGACAGAGCUGGUGUAACUGAGUCAGGUUUGUAGGCCUCCUUGCUCGCACACGCUUUUUCAGUUCUGCCCACAAAUUUUCUAUAGGAUUGAGGUCAGGGCUUUGUGAUGGCCACUCCAAUACCUUGACUUUGUUGUCCUUAAGCCAUUUUGCCACAACAUUGGAAGUAUGCUUGGGGUCAUUGACCAUUUGGAAGACCCAUUUGCGACCAAGCUUUAACUUCCUGACUGAUGUCUUGAGAUGUUGCUUCAAUAUAUCCACAUAAUUUUCCUUCCUCAUGAUGCCAUCUAUUUUGUGAAGUGCACCAGUCCCUCCUGCAGCAAAGCACCCCCACAGCAUGAUGCUGCCACCCUCGUGCUUCACGGUUGGGAUGGUGUUCUUCGGCUUGCAAGGCACCCCGUUUUCCUCCAAACAUAACGAUGGUAAUUAUGGCCCAACAGUUAUAUUUUUGUUUCAUCAGACCAGAGGACAUUUCUCCAAAAAGUACGAUCUUUGUCCCCAUGUGCAGUUGCAAACCGUAGUCUGGCUUUUUUAUGGCGGUUUUGGAGCAGUGGCUUCUUCCUUGCUGAGCGCGCUUUCAGGUUAUGUCGAUAGAGGACUCGUUUUACUGUGGAUAUAGAUUAUAUUGUACCUGUUUCCUUCAGCAUCUUCACAAGGUCCUUUGCUGUUGUUCUGGGAUUGAUUUGCUCUUUUCGCACCAAAGUACGUUCAUCUCUAGGAGACAGAACGCGUCUCCUUCCUGAGCGGUAUGACGGCUGCGUGGUCCCAUGGUGUUUAUACUUGCAUACUAUUGUUUGUACAGAUGAAUGUGGUACCUUCAGGCGUUUGGAAAUUUUUCCCAAGGAUGAACCAGACUUGUGGAGGUCUACAAUAUUUUUUCUGAGGUCUUGGCUGAUUUCUUUUGAUUUUCCCAUGAUGUCAAGCAAAUAGUUUGAAUGACUCCAACCUAAGUGUAUGUAAACUUCCGACUUCAGCUCUACAUGGUGUGCGUCUUCACACAAUGGCAUCAGUUGGAGCAUGUCUAUGUCACAUAAACAACAAAAGCUGGUGAGUGUGUCACUGAUGUUGUUUUUUGCUUGAGAUGUAGGGCCUGCUCUCUCAGUGAUAGCAUUUUGUGCUGAUAAUCGGCCGUAGCAUUGUCACCGGCUUGUUCUAUCCAAACAGGGCCAUCCCUUCCUCUCUCCUGUCUCACCAUUUCAUUUGGUGGUGGCGCUGGCACCUGCACAGUGCGCACCAUUCUGGCUUUGUUGCGCUAAGGCCUCGGGGGUGUACAGUGCCUUCAGAAAGUAUUCAUACCCCUUGACUUAUUCCACAUUUUGUUGCAUUACAGUCUGAAUUCAAAAUUGAUUAAAUUGAUUUUUUAAAUCACCCAUCUACACACAGUACCCCAUAAUGACAAAGUGAAAACAGGUUUUUAGAAUUUUGGCCAUAUUUAUUGAAAAUCAAAUAAAGAAAUAUCAAAUAUACAUAGGUAUUUACACCCCUUUGCUAUGACACUCCACAUUGAGCUCAGGUGCAUCCAAUUUCCUUUGAUCAUCCUACAACUUCAUUGGAGUCCACCUGUGUCCAAUUCAAUUGUUUGGACAUGAUUUAGAAAGAAACCUGUCUAUAUGUGACUGACCGCCUUGAUUCGGUCUAAAGUAGCAACAUUUGAAAUUGUGUUUUUUACAUUGGAUAAAAGCAGAGACACAGAGCUACACCAUGCUAUAUCAUACACUGCAUUUAAGGGAACAAUGGGAAAGUAAUUCUGCUUUGAAAGUUGAUAAACUUGUAAUCUCACUUUUGAGAAAUUGGCCUUUGAAUGUUUUGGUACCUAGUGAAGAGCUCUUCUUUGUCCACAACCAUUCAGGAUCGUUCACACCCUCUAAAGCUUUAGCCCCACCGAUCUCGUUUCGCUCUCGGAGCGUUCAGAGCGCACACUUGAUGCUCUGGCCGAUGAGUAGGGUUGAUCCAAGCGUUCUGACCUCACAACGGCAGUCAAUCACCCAAGCUAACUGGCUAACAUUGGCGAGCUUGCUAUUUACUUUCAGACACAAAAUUGGGAUUAUGGUUCAUUGUUUACCUCUGGAUAACAUGAAAACAGCCUAACCAGCUCUGCUGGCAACAAUUUAAUUACGCUUUUUUUGCCGACAUUUACUGACACCGGCCAUAUUCAAUGGGUGUUGUGCAUUUGUAAAUUCAUCAGUUAUUCUGCGCUCUGGCAUACUCAGACUGAAUUUACAAACGCACCUGAAAUGGUUACUUGCAUAGUGGAGUCUUUUGUUAAGACAUGUAGCUAGCUAGCUAGGUAAACAAUGAAUCUAGCUAGGUAAACAACGUGUAAGAUCAUUCAUGUCACGUAACGUUAGCUAGCGAGCCAGCCCGCUAAUAUUAGCUAGUUAAAUAUUGAACCAUAGUGUCAACUCAUGUCGUUACUACCCUGCAUGAAUCUGCUGGUAGCUAACCAACCAGGUUCAAUGUUAGCUAGCUAACAUUAGGCUCUAACUAGCCAAGCAAAUGGCUCUGAGAUGCGAAUAAUAACAUCAUACACAUAACUAGCUAGCUAACAGUACACUUUAACUUGAAAUGAAACCACUUUCUGUCAAAAUUAGAAACGUGUAAUAUCUGGAAAUGUAGCUAGCUAGACUAUCUUACCCGUAUACAUCAUGCAUGAUGGACGCGUCUCCCUGUCACGAAUGCCAUGGUUGCCCUUAGUUUGAAGAUGUAAUCCGGAGACAGGUGUUUUCUCCAUCUCUUUAGCUAUCAUACUCUAAUUCCACUGAUUUCAAAACUCGAUCCUCCAGAAAGUGAAGAGCAACACUUAUGCAGCUCCACUACACGAUACAUUAAAAAAAGCUGCGUUAGACAGGAUUACUUACACAUACUGAUCAGCUCAAAUAGACAGAAGCCUUCUAUAUGGCAGACCAAUCCGAACUCCUCUCUCGGCAUGUCCAGCCCACUCAUUUUCUCAGCCAAUCAUGGCUAGUGGGAAGAUUGCUGUCUUUUUAUGUGGCUUAACCAACUAGGCUCGUAAUUUAACAAUGUUAUUCGUAUUUACAGAUGGCAUACACGUUUUGUUAUUAAGGCACAUGAAAGUUCACAUGUUCCAGAAGGCAUUUCUGCCAAAAAAUGCAUUUUGAUAAAUAAAUAAAAGUUUGCAUUAAAAUGGCUCUCCUUGUUUCCUGAAACAAGUCACAUAUAAGGUCCCACAGUUGACAGUGCAUAUCAGAGCAGAAACUAUACCAUGAAGUCCAAGGAACUAUCCGUAGAUCUCCGAAAUAGAAUUGUGAUGAGGCAUAUAUCUGGGGAAGGGUAUAAAACAAUUUGUGGAGUGUUGAAGGUUUCCAAGAGCACAUCAUUGGGAAAUGGAAAAAAUAUGGAACUACCCAGACUCUGCCUAGAGCUGACCAAGCUGAGCAAUACCAGGCAAGAAGGACCUUGGUCAGGGAGGUGAUCAAGAACCCAAUGACCACUCUGACAGACGGAAGCCACUCCUGAGAAAAAGGAACAUGACAGCAUGCCUGGAGUUUGCAAAAGGCAUGUGAAAGACUCUGAGAGCAUAAGGUAAAAGAUUUUGUGGUCUGAUGAGACAAAAAUGUAACUCUUUGGCCUGAAUGCAAAGUGCUAUGUCUGUAGAAACCAGGCACAGCUCAUCACCCAUCUAAAACUAUCCCUACCGUGAAGCAUGGUGGUGGCAGCAUCGUGCUAUAGGGAUGCUUUUCAGUGGCAGGGACUGUGAGACUGGUAAGGAUAGAAUGCACUAACUGUAAGUCGCUCUGGAUAAGAGCGUCUGCUAAAUGACUAAAAUGUAAAUGUAAAAUGAUAGAAGGAACAAUGAAUGGAGAAAAAUACAGGUAAAUCCCUGAUGAGAACCUGCUUCAGAGUGCAAACGACCUUAGACUGGGCCAAAUAUUUACUUUCCAACAGGACAAUGACCCCAAGCAUAUAGCCAAAGCAACGCUGGAAAGCUUUAAAACAAGAAUGUGAAAGUCCAUGAGUGGCCCAGACUUGAAUCCCAUUGAAAAUCUGUGGAAAGACUUAAAUAUUGCUGCUCACUGCCACUCCCCAUCUGACUUAACAGAGCUUGAGAAAAUCUGCAGCAAAGAAUGGGAGGACAUUUUCAAAUCCAGAUGUGUAAAGCUGAUACAGAUGACUCAAAGCUGUAAUUGCUGCCGAAGGUGCUUCUACAAAGUAUUGAAUCAGGGGUGUGAAUACUUAUGUAAGUUAAAUAUUUCUGUAUUUCAUUUUCAAUACAUUAGCAAAAUUUUCUAAAAACAUGUUUUCACUUUGUCAUUAUGGGGUAUUUAAUCCAUUUUGAAUUCAGGCUGUAACACAACAAAAUGUGGAAUAAGUCAAGGGGUAUGAAUACUUUCUGAAGGCACUGCAGAUUCAGGCUGAGGCUCAGAAUUAGAAGAAUAAUCAUCAUAGAUGUCAUGAUUCAUUUCUUCCCCACCAUCUGAGUCAUUUUCAUUCAGAUUUUAUAGCAUCGCUAACAUAGCAUGUGCAUCCAUUAAUCUUGGUCUUCUUGCCAUUGUAAAUUACGCACGCUCUCACUGUGUACUCCAAGUAGGCCAGAGUAGACAGAUAGGACUGCUUGGAUUCGGUCGACAGAUAUAAGGUAUACCAUUUUGAAAUUAGAAUUAGAAUAGAUCAAUACAAUAUAAUGGGCCGCCCUGUUCUUCAUUCACAAUUGGUGAUUACAUAAUUAUGUUUCAUUCGCCUCCCCUCGCUCAUCAACUCACCCAUAUUCCCCCUUUUUCUCCCCAUCAUACUUUCCUUCAUUUAUUUCAUCUGUUAAAUGUGUGAAAUUAGUUUGGGUAUAGUUUAGGUUCAGUUUCGAGGCAAUUAUCAGGGUGAUUAUCAACUGUGCACGGCACCUUCGGGUGAUUAUCAACUGGGCAUGGCACCGGGAGAAGGAGGGGAACAGUCCCUACUGUCGGGAGAAGGAUGGGCAACCGUGGAAAACCAUUCAAAAAAUGACAUGCCCUCCUAAAACUCAUUAUAACUCCGACAAGGACAGAGGGGGGCAUGACUUAAAAAUGUGCAGAGUAAUAUAUUUAUUUAUUUAUUUAUUCAUGAGCUGUCCAAAUGACUGUUUUUCAUGGUUCCAAUGUUAACUUUGAAUGACCACCUGUUUUGGUAGGAGAAAGCAGAGUCAAGUGUGUUUCAUAUCAAAUUGCCUACCAAUGAGGUUUAAAAUUGUUGAUUAGACUAAAUGUAAAAACACAAACAAUUAGUGAAGCCCUUUUUUAAGUUAACAUAAUUUUAUAAUAUUAUUAAGUGUACUGUAUCUGCACUCGUGAAUACCGUGAUGUGCCGAGUGUAUGUAAGAAUAUUGCAAAAAAUGUUCUACCUACAGUGAGGGAAAAAAGUAUUUGAUCCCCUGCUGAUUUUGUACGUUUGCCCACUGGCAAAUAAAUUAUCAGUCUAUAAUUUUAAUGGUAGGUUUAUUUGAACAGUGGGAGACAGAAUAACAACAAAAAUAUCCAGAAUAACGCAUGUCAAAAAUGUUAAUUGAUUUGCAUUUUAAUGAGGGAAAUAAGUAUUUGACCCCCUCUCAAUCAGAAAGAUUUCUGGCUCCCAGGUGUCUUUUAUACAGGUAACGAGCUGAGAUUAGGAGCACACUCUUAAAGGGAGUGCUCCUAAUCUUAGCUUGUUACCUGUAUAAAAGACACCUGUCCACAGAAGCAAUCAGUCAAUCAGAUUCCAAAUUCUCCACCAUGGCCAAGACCAAAGAGCUCUCCAAGGAUGUCAGGGACAAGAUUGUAGACCUACACAAGGCUGGAAUGGGCUACAAGACCAUCGCCAAGGUGGAAAUCCCCAUCAACUGAGGAUGAGGGGUCUCCAUUAUGUAGAUGUCAAAAAAAUUAUGUUGAAUAAUAAUAAACUACAUUUAUCAAUCUGACUCCAUUAUUAUGUGAAUGCUAUAGGCCCAUAGUUGUAUCCAGUGGGUAUAGCCAAGGUUGCGAGCCUUGCGUCACCCUUCGGAAUACUAUAAGAUGCACAUCUCUAGGUUUACCAUUAUGCAAUUAUUAUUAUAAUUUAUUUUUAUUUUUCAGGGGGUAGAUCAGCUUUAAUAUUUCAGAGAGAUUGUAACUUCCAUCAAUGUAAUUGUCUGCAUCACUUCAAAUCCCCCAUAUGUUUUUUUCUCUCGCAAUAUAUAUAUAUAUAUAUAUAUAUAUAUACAGUGGGGAAAACAGGUAUUUGGUACACUGCCGAUUUUGCAGGUUUUCCUACUUACAAAGCAUGUAGAGGUCUGUCAUUUUUAUCAUAGGUACACUUCAACUGUGAGAGACGGAAUAUAAAACAAAAAUCCAGAAAACCACAUUGUAUGAUUUUUAAGUAAUUAAUUUGCAUUUUAUUGCAUGACAUAAGUAUUUGAUCACCUACCAACCAAUAAGAAUUCCGGCUCUCACAGGCCUGUUAGUUUUUCUUUAAGAAGCACUCCUGUUCUCCACUCAUUACCUGUAUUAACUGCACCUGUUUGAACUCGUUACCUGUAUAAAAGACACCUGUCCACAUACUCCAACAUCUCCACAAUGGCCAAGACCAGAGAGCUGUGUAAGGACAUCAGGGAUAAAAUUGUAGACCUGCCACAAGGCUGGGAUGGGCUACAGGACAAUAGGCAAGCAGCUUGGUGAGAAGGCAACAACUGUUGGCGCAAUUAUUAGAAAAUGGAAGAAUUUCAAGAUGACGGUCAAUCACCCUCGGUCUGGGGCUCCAUGCAAGAUCUCACCUUGUGGGGCAUCAAUGAUCAUGAGGAAGGUGAGGGAUCAGCCCAGAACUACACGGCAGGACCUGGUCAAUGACCUGAAGAGUGCUGGGACCACAGUCUCAAAGAAAACCAUUAGUAACACACUACGCCGUCAUGGAUUAAAAUCCUGCAACGCACACAAGGUCCCCCUGCUCAAGCCAGCGCAUGUCCAGGCCCAUCUGAAGUUUGCCCAUGACCAUCUGGAUGAUCCAGAAAAGGAAUGGGAGAAGGUAAUGUGGUCUGAUGAGACAAAAAUUGAGCUUUUUGGUCUAAACUCCACUCGCCGUGUUUGGAGGAAGAAGAAGGAUGAGUACAACCCCAAGAACACCAUCCCAACCGUGAAGCAUGGAGCUGGAAACAUCAUUCUUUGGGGAUGCUUUUCUGCAAAGGGGACAGGACGACUGCACCGUAUUGAGGGGAGGAUGGAUGGGGCCAUGUAUCGCGAGAUCUUGGCCAACAACCUCCUUCCCUCAGUAAGAGCAUUGAAGAUGGGUCGUGGCUGGGUCUUCCAGCAUGACAACGACCCGAAACACACAGCCAGGGCAACUAAGGAGUGGCUGCGUAAGAAGCAUCUCAAGGUCCUGGAGUGGCCUAGCCAGUCUCCAGACCUGAACCCAAUAGAAAAUCUUUGGAGGGAGCUGAAAGUCCGUAUUGCCCAGCGACAGCCCCGAAACCUGAAGGAUCUGGAGAUGAUCUGUAUGGAGGAGUGGGCCAAAAUCCCUGCUGCAGUGUGUGCAAACCUGGUCAAGACCUACAGGAAACGUAUGAUCUCUGUAAUUGCAAACAAAGGUUUCUGUACCAAAUAUUAAGUUCUGCUUUUCUGAUGUAUAUAAUACUUAUGUCAUGCAAUAAAAUGCAAAUUAAUUACUUAAAAAUCAUACAAUGUGAUUUUCUGGAUUUUUGUUUUAGAUUCCGUCUCUCACAGUUGAAGUGUACCUAUGAUAAAAAUUACAGACCUCUACAUGCUUUGUAAGUAGGAAAACCUGCAAAAUCGGCAGUGUAUCAAAUACUUGUUCUCCCCACUGUAUAUGUGUAUAUAUGUGUAUAUAUAUAUAUAUUGCGGGGGAAAAAAACAUAUGGGGGAUUGGAAGUGAUGCAGACACACAUACAUAUACAGUGAGCACCAUAAUUCAUUGGACAGUGACCAUUUUUUUGUUAUUUUGGUUCUGUACUCUAGACUUUGAGUUUGAAAGGAUACAAUGACAAUGAGGGUGAAGUGCAGACUGUCAGCUUUAAUUAGUGGGUAUUUUCAGACAUAUCGGAUGAACCGUUUAGAAAUGACAGCACCUUUUGUACAUGGUCCCCCCAUUUUAAGGUACUACAAGUAUUUGUUAUAUUGGCUUCACAGAUGUGUGUCGUUAGGCAGGUGUAUUCAUUUGUGUCGUUAGUGAAUGCAGGAGAGCUGUUGAUGAAUAGUAUUGAUUCUAGACUUUGCUAUUGCCUUUGGAGGUUGUUGUUGGGGUGUGACAACAUGAGGAAGACAGCAGUGUCGAUGUAAAUGAAGCUGGCCGUCAUAAAGCUCAGAAAUGAAAAUCAAUCAAUCAGGAACAUUGCAAAAACCCUGGCCAUGCCCAAGUCAACAGUUUGGUUCAUCAUUAACAAGAAAAAAACAACCGGUGAACUCAAUUAUGUAAAAUUACCCGGUAGACCGAGGAAGACCACUGUAGUGGAUGACCGGAGAAUACUCUCUAUGGUGAAGAAAAUCCCCCUGACAUCAGCCCAACAGAUCAAAUACACUCUCCUGGAUGCAGGUGUAGAUGUGUAAAAGUCUACCAUACGUAGAAGACUACACCAGCAGGACUACAGAGGGUACACUACAAGAUGCAAACCACUGAUAAGCCUGAAGAACAGAAAGGCGAGAUGACAGUUUGCUAAAAAGCACCUAAAAGAGCCCCAAGAGUUCUGGAAAAAAGUAUUGUGGACAGAUGAGACAAAGAUUAACAUGUACCAGAGUGAUGGAAAGAGGAAAGUGUGGAGAGAAAAAAGAAAUGCCCAUGAUCCAAAGCAUACCACCUCAUCUGUGAAACAUGGUGGAGGGGGUGUUAUGGCUUGGGCCUGUAUGGCUGCCAGUGGAACAGGCUCACUUGUCUUCAUCGAUGAUGUGACUGCAGACAGAAGUAGAACAAUGAAUUCUGAAGUCUACAGAAAUAUUUUAUCUGCUCAGAUAAAACCAAAUGCCUCCAAACUCAUUGGACGGCACUUCAUCAUGCAACAAGACAAUGACCCUAAACAUACUGCUAGAGCAACGAAGGGGUUUUUGAUGGCCAAAAAGUGGAAAAUCCUUGACUGGCCGAUUCAAUCACCGGAUCUGAAUCCAAUUGAAAAUGCAUUUUACAUGCUGAAGAGGAGACUGAAGGCAAUAAGUCCCCGAAACAAGCAGGAACUGAAGAUGGCUGCAAUACAGGCCUGGUAGAGCAUCACCAGGGAAGAUACCCAGCGUCUGGUGAUGUCGAUGCAUCGCAGACUUCAAGCAGUCAUUGCAUGCAAAGGAUAUGCGACCAAAUAUUAACAAUGAUUACUUUAUUCUACAUUAUGUUAAACUGUCCAAUGUUUUUUGAUGCCCGAAAAUGGGGGGGACCAUGUACAAAAGCUUCUAUAAUGUCUAAACAUUAUGUAUGAGAAUACCCUCAAAUUAAAGCUGACAGUCUGCACUUCACCCUCAUUGUCAUUGUAUCCUUUCAAACUCAAAGUAUUUGAUCCCCUGCUGAUUUUGUACGUUUGCCCACUAACAAAGAAAUGAUCAGUCUAUAAUUUUAAUGGUAGGUUUAUUUGAACAGUGAGAGACAGAAUAACAACAAAAAUAUCCAGAAUAACUCAUGUCAAAAAUGUAAUAAAUUGAUUUGCAUUUUAAUGAGGGAAAUAAGUAUUUGACCCCCUCUCAAUCAGAAAGAUUUCUGGCUCCCAGGUGUCUUUUAUACAGGUAACGAGCUGAGAUUAGGAGCACACUCUUAAAGGGAGUGCUCCUAAUCUCAGCUUGUUACCUGUAUAAAAGACACCUGUCCACAGAAGCAAUCAAUCAAUCAGAUUCCAAACUCUCCACCAUGGCCAAGACCAAAGAGCUCUCUAAGGAUGUCAGGGACAAGAUUGUAGACCUACACAAGUCUGGAAUGGGCUACAAGACCAUCGCCAAGCAGCUUGGUGAGAAGGUGGCAACAGUUGGUGCGAUUAUUCGCAAAUGGAAGAAACACAAAAGAACUGUCAAUCUCCUUCGGCCUGGGGCUCCAUGCAAGAUCUUACCUCGUGGAGUUGCAAUGAUCAUGAGAACGGUGAGGAAACAGCCCAGAACUACACGGGAGGAUCUUGUCAAUGAUCUCAAGGCAGCUGGGACCAUAGUCACCAAGAAAACAAUUGGUAACACACUACGCCGUGAAGGACUGAAAUCCUGCAGCACCCGCAAGGUCCCCCUGCUCAAGAAAGCACAUAUACAUGCCCGUCUGAAGUUUGCCAAUGAACAUCUGAAUGGUCCUCUGUAGCUCAAUUGGUAGAGCAUGGCGCUUGUAACGCCAGGAUAGUGGGUUCGAUCCCCGGGACCACCCAUACGUAAACAUUUAUGCGCACAUGACUGUAAGUCGCUUUGGAUAAAAGCGUCUGCUAAAUGGCAUAUUAUUAUUAUUAUUAUUAUUAUUAUUAUUAUUAUUAUUAUUAUUAUAACUGGGUGAAAGUGUUGUGGUCAGAUGAGACCAAAAUCGAGCUCUUUGGCAUCAACUCAACUCGCCGUGUUUGGAGGAAGAGGAAUGCUGCCUAUGACCCCAAGAACACCAUCCCCACCAUCAAACAUGGAGGUGGAAACAUUAUGCUUUGGGGGUGUUUUUCUGCUAAGGGGACAGGACAACUUCACCGCAUCAAAGGGACGAUGGAUGGGGCCAUGUACUGUCAAAUCUUGGGUGAGAACCUCCUUCCCUCAGCCAGGGCAUUGAAAAUGGGUUGUGGAUGGGUAUUCCAGCAUGACAAUGACCCAAAACACACGGCCAAGGCAACAAAGGAGUGGCUCAAGAAGAAGCACAUUAAGGUCCUGGAGUGGCCUAGCCAGUCUCCAGACAUUAAUCCCAUAGAAAAUCUGUGGAGGGAGCUGAAGGUUUGAGUUGCCAAACGUCAGCCUCGAAACCUUAAUGACUUGGAGAAGAUCUGCAAAGAGGAGUGGAACAAAAUCCCUCCUGAGAUGUGUGCAAACCUGGUGGCCAACUACAAGAAACGUCUGACAUAACUCCACCAGUCCUACCGAUAAUAUCAUUUACGAAGAUUAUACCUUUUUUUAAAAUUUUGUCCAAAAAAAAGGUUUUCUAUCAAUUAGUAUAUUUGAGUUUAACCACAAUAUUUGUUGCAUUAUUUGUUCUGUCGUUUCUGGAGGAUUAAAUUGAAAUUGCAACUAACUUUCUAUGGCUUGUUUUAGAAAUAGUGAUAUUUGGGAGAUUAUUUCCUUUUCAAAUAAUUUAAAGUGAGAGGUUGUAAUCUGAAUAAAGGGGAAAAGGCCAUUCUUGAACAUUGGGUGAGACAAUUUUACAAAUUUUCUAGAGAACCAGUUUGGAUUUAAGUGUAACUUUUGUAUGACUAAAAGCUUCAGUGAUAGGUCUAAUGCUUUAAUAUUUAAUAAUUUCUGUCCUCCAAAUUCAUAAUCAUUAUAUAAAUAGGCCCGUUUAAUUUUGUCUGGUGUGCCGUUCCAAAUCAAAUGGAAUAUUUUUUUAGUGAUCCAAUACGUAAUAUAGUACAUUUUACAUAAUUUUGUUGUAAUCCAGAGAGGUUAGAAAAUGUAUCUAGAUCCUCUAUGAGGCUGUGGAACGAUUCAAGUUGUGGAUUUAAAAGAAAACAUACUAUUCUAUAAGAUGCACAUCUCUAGGUUUACCAUUAUGCAAUUAUUAAGAGACUAAGGAACAAGUAGCUGUCACGGAUUCUGCCGAGGUUGCCCCUCCUUGCUCGGGCAGGCUGCGGCGUUCGUCAUCACCGGAAUACUAGCUACUGCCGAUCUAUGUUUCUAUGUUGCACCUGUUGUCUAAUGUCACACACCUGUUGCCCAUUAUUGUCAUCACGUCUUCCCUAUUUAACCCAGUGGCUCCCAAUGUGUUUUGUGCGUGGUUGUUUUUCGUUUCGUGUGUCGUUGGUGAGCGGGUUAGUUCCUUCCUGUGUGGAGGUAUUUCUGUGUUGUUUUCUUUACUCAUUUUCAGUAAAGUACGUUUCUUCGAGUUCUGUGUCCUGCGCCUGACUUCGAUCCACCGCAUUACACUGACACUCGUUACAGUAGCUAAUAUCUUGCAAUCAAUGUCUUAGCAUUAAAUUAUUGAGUUAACCUUAGCUCCGAUAUGCACAGAGAGACCGAGCAUACAGUAUACAGUGCAUUCGGAAAGUAUUCAGACCCCUUUCCACAUUUUGUUACGUUACAGCCUUAUUCUAAAAUUGAUUAAGUUGAGGGGGUUUUCUCAUCAAUCUACACACCAUACCCCAUAAUGACAAAGCAAAAACAGGUUUUUAGAAAUUUUUGAAAAUGUAAUUUAUAAAAAAUAAAAACAUAUUACAUUUACAUAAGCACCUUUGGCAGCGAUUCUUCUUCUUGGGUAUGACUCUACAAGCUCAGCACACCUGUAUUUGGGAAGUUUCUCCCAUUCUUCUCUGCAGAUCACCUCUGUCAGGUUGGAUGGGGAGUGUCGCUGCACAGCUAUUUUCAGGUCUCUCCAGAGAUGUUCGAUCGGGUUCAAGUCCGGGCUCUGGCUGGGCCACUCAAGGACAUUCAGAGACUUGUCCCAAAGCCACUCCUGCGCUGUUUUGGCUUUGUGCUUAGGGUUGUUGUCCUGUUGGAAGGUGAACCUUUGCCCCAGUCUGAGGUCCUAAGCACUCUGGAGCAGGUUUUCAUCAAGGAUCUCUCUGUACUUUGCUCCGUUCAUCUUUCCCUCGAUCCUGACUAGUCUCCCAGUCCCUGCCACUGAAAAACAUCCCCACAGCAUGAUGCUGCCACCAUCAUGCUUCACCGUAGGGAUGGUGUUGGCCAGGUGAUGAGCGGUGCCUGGUUUCUUCCAGACGUGAUGCUUGACAUUCAGGCCACAGAGUUCAAUCUUGGUUUCAUCAGACCAUUUAAGACUGAUGGAGGCCACUGUGUUCUUGGGGACCUUCAAUGCUGCAGACAUUUUUUGGAGACUCUUCCCCAGAUCUGUGCCUUGACACAAUCCUGUCUCGGAGCUCUACGGACAAUUCCUUCGACCUCAUGGCUUGGUUUUUGCUCUGACAUGCACUGUCAACUGUGGGGCCUUAUAUAGACAGGUGUGUGCCUUUCCAAAUCAUGUCCAAUCAAUUAAAUUGACCACAGGUGGACUCCAAUCAAGUUGUAGAAACAUCUCAAGGAUGAUCAAUGGAAACAGGAUGCACCUGAGCUCAAUUUUGAGUCUCAUAGCAAAGGGUCUGAAUACUUAUGUAAAUAAGGUAUUUCUGGUUUUUAUUUGUAAUAACUUUGCUAAAACUUCUAAAAACCUGUUUUCGCUUUGUCAUUAUGGGGUAGUGUGUGUAGAUUGAUGAGGGGGAAAAUGUAAUUUAAUCCAUUUCAGAAUAAGGCUGUAACGUGUAUAUAGGCUUAAAUUACAUUUUACAUUUUAGUCAUUUAGCAGACGUUCUUAUCCAGAGCGACUUACAGGGGCAAUUAGGGUUAAGUGCCUUGCUCAAGGGCACAUCGACAGAUUUUUCACCUAGUCGGCUCGGGGAUUAGAACCAGCGACCUUUCGGUUACUGGCACUACGCUCUUAACCACUAAGCUACCUGCCGCCCAAUGGCAUCAGUGAUGAUGUACAGUGCUUUCAGAAAGUAUUCAUAUCCCUUGACUUACUCCACAUUUUGUUGUGUUACAGCCUGAAUUCAAAAUGGAUUAAAUAAAUAAAACUCUCACCCAUCUACACACAAUACCCCAUAAUGACUAAAUGAAACAUGUUUGAAGAAUCUUUUGCAAAUGUAUCGAAAAUGAAAUAGAGAAAUAUCUAUUUUACAUAAGUAUUCACACCCCAAGUCAAUACUUUGUAGACUCACUUUUGGCAGUGAUUACAGCUGUGAGUCUUUCUGGGUAAGUCUCUAAGAGCUUUCCACACCCGGAUUGUGCAACAUUUGCUCAUUAUUAUUUUCAAAAUUCUUCAAGUGCUGUCAAAUUGGUUGUUGAUCAUGCUAGACAACCAUUUUUGGAAAAAGUCAAGGGGUGUCAAUACUUUUUGAAGGCACUGUACGAGUGAAAAAGUAUGGUCACAUUUCAUUUGUUAAACCUAUCCUUUGGCAUGACUUCAAUAGUGAAUCUAUUUAGUUUUUAAGUGGAGAUCUCUCAACAAUCAUUUUCACGAUAGCACAUUGGUAAUAGUCAGUGACAAAUAUCAAAGCUAAGCUGGGCUGGGAUUGGUUAAAACCCUGGAUGAGAUACCACAGGGUAGCUGUAGAUAGAUCAAUGCUCCAGUAGGAGGUGCUGCCCAGGUUGUUUUUUUUCUGUGCUGGAUCUAACAUUGAAAAUCUGACGUUUUAUAGGUACAAAUUCAACAUAUCGAGAGCUUGGGACUAUAAGGUUCUAUCGGCAAAAAUAUGAUUCUGAGAUAGUUGGCUUUAAAGUUCCGAACUCUAGUUGGUUUGAAUGGUGUCAGCUAUUUUUAUAUUGUAUUCUUUUGAACUUAACAACAUGAAUUGGGGUAGUUAGAGUAAUAUAAAGGUAGAUAACAUUGAAUAGAACAAGGCUAUGUCAAUAACUACAUAAAAUAAAAUAAUGCAAAUAGAACCUUAUAGUCCCAAGCUCUCUAUAUUUUAUAUGAAGUUUGUCUGUGUUGAAAUGUGGUUACUGUAACCAUCCAACCUUUUUAUGCGAGUAAAGUACAUAAAAAAUGUAAUGACAGCCCAGAUGGAAACCGCAGAUUUGUCUAUAAACUUUCAAAAUAUCGACAAACAGAAUACGCUAGACAAGGUGGGAUCUUUUUGUGUCGGUUAAAUUCAUUAUGUGAGAGAUGGCGGUGGAAACACCUUUAUGCACAGAUAUUGAUAUAAUAACCAUCAUAUCAAAGUAAACUUGGAGUCACACAAUUAUAUGUUGUGUGGUCCCGCGAUGAUAUGAUGUAAUGACGCGGAAAGCAUGCAGUUUAUUAGUCUACAGAUUAAAUAAGUUAUGAUGAACUUCACAGGGUGGUGAAAGUGCACAGUGAUGAGCUUGAUGCUCCUUUCCAAUAAAUAUUGAGGGUCUUAUUCUGGUUACAUUUUUACAUUACAUUUUCGUCAUUUAGCAGACGCUCUUAUCCAGAGCGACAUACAAAUUGGUGCAUUCACCUUAUAGCCAGUGGGACAGCCACUUUACAAUAUAUUUUAAAAAAAUGGGGGGGGGGGGGUAGAAGGAUUACUUUUAUCCUAUCCCAGGUAUUCCUUAAAGAGGUGAGGUUUCAAGUGUCUCCGGAAGGUGGUGAGUGACUCCAUUGUCCUGGCGUCGAAAAAAUAAUCUUGCUCUUUUGUCCAUAAUAAUCUCAUCAUGUAGGCUAGCCUACCCGCAUUGUAUAUCUGUGAGCUCUUGGCUAGAGUGCACAUUCCAAGACCAGAGGGGGCACAUUCGCUAUAUAACGCAAAUUUUCUUGUGCGAAAACCAUCAGUAGAGUUGAAAAUGUGAUACAAACCCAUUUAACUUCUAUUUUUUAUCCGACACAUGGGAAUUUAACCGCAAAAGUUAUUUUUAUGUGCACUACGUCAUCACGCACAGCCUAUUAUCCGCAACAAGUCAAUUUGAUGGAAACACAUCUCUGGUGGGAAAAUGCACAUAUUGUUUUCAUGCAGAUUUUAGAAUAUUCACAUGAAAAUCUGUCGCCAACUGGAUGGAAACCUAGCUCAUGAUGACAAAUCCUGUGGUUGAGAUUUCACCCUCAAAACAACAGUUGAUGACUUUUUCAAAUCAAAUGUAUUUUCCAUGUAGAUUCCAUGUCACAGUUUGUUGACAAAUUACGUUGAAACAACAUUGAUUCAACCAGUUUGUGCCCAGUGGGUAGUGGUAAUAUCUGGUUUGUUGUGGUUUCCAGGGGUCCUACUGGGCUAUAGACACCAACCCUAAAGAGGACACACUGCCCACCAGGCCAAAGAAGAGGCCGCGCUCUGGAGAAAUGGUGAGUACUGGAUUUCAAACUAGAGUGGACCAGAUUAUUCCAAAAGACCGGUCAUCAGGAGUCGGGACGAAAGCACCAGCUCCCGACACCUCUGAAUAUUCCUCACAUGGGCCGACAUACAAUUUACACUGGUCUGAUUAAUGGUCAUCUGCGGCGUGCACAAAUGUAGCAUAUAUAUAUAUAUAUAUAUAUAUAUAUAUAUAUAUAUAUAUAUAUAUAUAUAUAUAUAUAUAUAUAUAUAUACACACACACACAGUACCAGUCAAAUUUUUGGACACACCUACUCAUUCCAGGGUUUUUCUUAAUUUUUUACUAUUUUCUACAUUGUAGAAUAAUAGUGAAGACAUCAAAACUAUGAACUAACACAUACGGAAUCAUGUAGUAACCAAAAAAGUGUUAAACAAAUCAAAUAUAUUUUAUCUUCAAAUAAAUAAAAAGAAAAGAUUAAGAUGGGCAGUCUGAGAUAUGGCUUUUCUCGCAUGGAAUAGCCUUCAUUUCUCAGAACAAGAAUAGACUGACGAGUUUCAGAAGAAAGUUAUUUGUUUCUGGCCAUUUUGAGCCUGUAAUCGAACCCACAAUUGCUGAUGCUCCAGAUACUCAACUAGCCUCAAGAAGGCCAGUUUUAUUGCUUCUUUAAUCAGCACAACAGUUUUCAGCUGUGCUAACAUAAUUGCAAAAGGGUUUUCUGAUUAUCAAUUAGCCUUUUAAAAUGAUAAACUUGGAUUAGCAAACGCAACGUGCCAUUGGAACACAGGACUGAUGGUUGCUGAUAAUGUGCCUCUGUACGCCUAUGUAGAUAUUCCAUUAAAAAUCAGCCGUUUCCAGCUACAAUAGCCAUUUACUCAUUAACAAUGUCUACACUGUAUUUCUGAUCAAUUUGAUGUUAUUUUAAUGGACAAAAAAAUUGUUUUUCUUUCGAAAACAAGGACAUUUCUAAGUGACCCCAAACCUUUGAACAGUAGUGUACAUAUGUUCACGAAAUACAAUAGAUGGCCGUAAUCACCCCCAGACACACCUGGCUAACUUGAUGGGUCAUGUAACAUCUGGUGAGGUGGAGUCUUUUUUCUUUAGACGUAUAGCUAGCUAGCUAGCUAGCUAGCUAGCUAAACAAUGAACCGGCAUAAUCCCAACUCAUGCUACUACCAAUACAAACAUUGUCAUAGCUGUAGUAUGAAUCUGCAGGUAGCUAAAGCUAACCAACUAGGUCCAAUGUUAGCUAGCUAACAUUAGGAUAUAUCUUGCAAUGCAAAUAGAUUUCUGAUUCGAAUAAUAUUACUACACAAAUCAUACACGUAACGUUAGCUAGCGAACCAGCAAGCUAACGUUUGCUAGCUAGCUAACGGUACGCUUUAACUUGCAAUGAAAAUUGUGAGGCCGGUUGGACGUACUGCCAAAUUCUCUAAAACGACGUUGGAGGCGGCUUAUGGUAGAGAAGGGAACAUUAAAUUAUCUGGCAACAGCUCUGGUGGACAUUCCUGCAGUCAGCAUGCCAGCAUGUCCCAAGCACAAGGUGCUCCUGUGUAAUAAUCAUGCUGUUUAACCCCCUAAUGUCAAUGUCUGCGCCCCCGAGGAAAUCUAAUUAGCUUUAGGACAUACACAAGCGUCUUGGGACUCGUCUGAAGUCGGUACCGCCAAUCUGCCAACUUCUGUCUGUAGCGUCCAAACAGUUUGGGCUACACACUUCCCCUGCGGAAGGGUGAGACUCUCACGAACACGUACAUGUCGAUUGUUUUGCUCUAGAACACCCACAGGCCUCACAAGACUGGUCUGAACAUCUCCCGUUACCGGUUAAAAUUAAUGGAAGUAUAUAUGGAGACUGUUUAGUGCCAAAAAUAAGGGGUUAAAUACAUGUACAAAAAAAUGAAUUUUUUUUAAACAUGUUUCCUGAUCUUUCUUAUAUCUCUCAGAUAUAGGACAGACACUUCAGAACAAACUUCCUUUAGAUUUUUUUGAGGGGACUCUUGUUCCAUGUAGUGAAUCUGUUAUUCAAUGUUUUUGUGUGGGCUAAUAGCAGUAAGGCCAAAUAACAUUUUUCAUCAAAUACUUUUUUUAUUUAUUUUUUUGAUACUUCAAGGGGUCUUUAAAAUUCAAAAUCAAAUAGUAAAAUGAUCCUUGGUAUGACCUUCUUAAAACAAUUCCAUAUAGCUUAGUAGAACCCCCCCCUCCCCUGGCUUAGACGGGGCUUAGACUCUUAUGGGUUAAUCAGCUUCUUGAUAUGCCACACCUGUAAAGUGGAUGGAUUAUUUUGGCAAAGGAGAAAUACUCACUAAUAGGGAUGUAAACAAAUUUGUGCACAACAUUUGAGAGAAAUAACAUUUUGUGCAUAUGGAACAUUUCUGGGAUAUUUUAUUUCAGCUCAUGAAACAUGGGACCAAUACUUUACAUGUAGCGUUUAUAUUUUUGUUCAGUGUAUAUAAGAAACGGUAAUCAAUUGUCCCGUGUCAGAUCAAUAUAAAUGUAACAAAUUCUGUUACAAAUUCUAGGCUAAGGUAUAUGGACAUUGAGUAUUGCAUUCUUUGCUUAACGUAAAACGACAGUCAUCACCUAUCUACUUCCAGAUGGUGAUAUCAUGCUGUGAAAAAUCACGUCUCUCCUGCCCCUAUAGAAUUAACACUACACCAUUGGUGUUCAGUGACCUGAACGCCUGACUGAACACAGCGCUGCAGCUCACUGAGCCCCGAGCAGCAGCAAGCCCAUUCUCCCCCUCCGCAUCUACCUCUGCCCUACCCAUCACCACGGAAACAAAGCAGGCAUGGAGCGGCAAAGUGCACAAUCAUCGCAGCCCAAUGAGAAAAGGGAGGGAAAGCAGAAGAGAGAGGGACGGGAAGAACGGGAGGGAGAUAGAGGGGGAGAGCGACGGGAAGGGGGAAAGAGAGCAAAAGAGUGAACGAGAGAAAAUGAGAGGGAGAGCGAAGGGAAGGAGGAAAGAGAGAGCGGAAGAGCGAGAGGGAGGGGAGAGAAAGAGAGGGAGAGUAUUCUAGGCUUCUGUUCCAGUUAAUUACCACACACCACUAGACUCCCAUUAUACAUAUUUUCUUCUGUAAAGUUUUUUUUAUCACAAACAUUAAUUCAUUUAGAACCUUGUCAUUUUUUCUUACACGUAAGACCUUCGACCCUUUUAUUACACUUCGGUUGCAUUGCUGGCAGAUUUGAAAGAGUUGUCAGAUUGGCUCGCAGAAAUAGAGUACUUUGUUUUACUCAGAAAUAUAGCUGUCUUUUACAGUCAAAAGAGUAUGUGUAUCCAUAUGUGUAUGCAUAUUCGUUUUUUCUAGACCAGAGAUGUUCGAUUGGGUUCAAGUCCGGGCUCUGGCUGGGCCACUCAAGGACAUUCAGAGACUUGUCCCGAAGCCACUCCUGCGUUGUCUUGGCUGUGUGCUUAGGGUCGUUGUCCUGUUGGAAGGUGAACCUUCGCCCCAGUUUGAGGUCCUGAGUGCUCUGGAGCAGGUUUUCGUCAAGGAUCUCUCUGUACUUUGCUCUGUUCAUCUUUCCCUCAAUCCUGACUAGUCUCCCAGUCCCUGCCGCUGAAAAACAUCCCCACAGCAUGAUGCUGCCACCAUCAUGCUUCACCGUAGGGAUGGUGCCAGGUUUCAUGCAGACGUGACUCUUGGCAUUCAGGCCAAAGAGUUCAAUCUUGGUUUCAUCAGACCAGAGAAUCUUCUUUCUCAUGGUCUGAGAGUCUUUAGGUGCCUUUUGGCAAACUCCUAGCGGUCUGUCAUGUGCCCUUUACUGAGGAGUGGCUUCCGUCUGGCCGCUCUAUGAUACAGGCCUGAUUGGUGGAGUGCUGCAGAGAUGGUUGUCCUUCUGGAAGGUUCUCCCAUCUCCACAGAGGAACUCUGUAGCUCUUUCAGAGGGACAAUUGGGUUCUUGGUCACCUCCCUGACCAAGACGCUUCUCCCCCGAUUGCUCAGUUUGGCCAGGCGGCCAGCUCUAGGAAGAGUCUUGGUGGUUCCAAACUUCUUCCAUUUAAGAAUGAUGGAGGCCGCUGUGUUCUUGGGGACCUUCAAUGCAGCACCUUCAAUGCAGCAGACACUUUUUGGAUACUCUUCCCCAGAUCUGUGCCUCGACACAAUCCUGUCUCGGAGCUCUACGGACAAUUCCUUUGACCUCAUGGCUUGGUUUUUUCUCUGACAUGAUCUGUCAACUGUGGGACAUUUUUGUGCCUUUCCAAAUCAUGUCCAAUCAAUUACAUUUACCACAGGUGGACUCCAAUCAAGUUGUAGAAACAUCUCAAGGAUGAUCAAUGGAAACAGGAUGCACCUGAGCUCAAUUUUGAGUCUCAUAGCAAAGUGUCUGAAUACUUAUGUAAAUAAGGUAUUUCUGUUUUUGUUUCUUUUGUUUUUUGCAAACAUUUCGAAAAACCUGUUUUCGAUUUGUCAUUAUGGGGUAUUGUGUGAAGAUUGAUGAGGAAAUAUGUUUAUUUAAUCCAUUUUAGAAUAAGGCUGUAACGUAACAAAAUGUGGAAAAAGUCAAGGGGUCUGAAUACUUUCCGAAUGCACUGUACAUGUAUACAUCCACAGCAUGCACAUAUCCUAGCCAUUGUUUGUAUGUAAGGUGACUAAACCAUCUAACUGUUCUUCUGUGGUAUAUAAAGUGGUCAAAUAGCAAGUAAAAAGUUGUUGGGGCCGAGGCACCAAUCAUCCUCUCUUGUAGGUAUACAGGAGUACUAAUUCUCUCUCUUUCUGUCUUCUCAUCUUUCCUCCUGCCUUGCCCCUAUGUUCAUACAACUCUUGAAUCAAGCCAUUCCCUACUUUCUAUAUACACACACCUCUGUUAGGGAUCCUGCAACUCUCUCCCCUCAUUUAGAGUUUAUCAUAAAUUAAAGUUUGUAUUGUUGCAAACCAAUCCUCUUUCAGUAAGCAGUUUUGGGAGCCAGGCAAGUGAGGGUAGACUGAAAGUGGUGAAAGAAAAGUGUUUGUCUGUCUGUAAUAAUUAUUAACAUUAUGUUAUGGUUUACUGUAGACUAUACCAGUUUGAGAUUAGAUGCUAUCUAUCCCAUCAAUGUUCUGCAGAGAGCGACCAAGAGACAGCCCUCUCCCAUCUCUCCCUUAUAUCACUGUCCUCUCCUCUUCUCUCCUAUCCUCCAGGCCUCCACCCCCUACAGCCUGGAAUCGGAGUCCCUGCGAAUGGACUGUAUCAUGUACGGAGAUGCCUCUCCCACUCUGGCAAUCAACACUGUGACUAACAAGGUAGUCGUCUGACGUAAUGACAUGCAAACCCUAAGCCCUCUGGGGCAAUAUUGUAACACUGGCCAUCUUUGUUCAAGGUAGUGAUAUUAAUGUCGGCCAUCUUUAUUCCCGACCUGCCAACCUGCACACAUUUUGCAUACCAUGCAUACAAUUUGAGGUCAACGUACGCUGGUAUGAAAAACUACCCUAAAAUACGCAUAAAUAUGUUUUCAGUUGGCACUUUGUGGGCGAGGAGAAAACAUCUCUAGCUCUCCGCUCCGGCCCGCCCCCCGGUAGUCGUAAUAGCCUACUAUUUUCCUCCCUCGAGUUGGAUGGCAGCUUUCCACUUUUUCCGUUGAUACCACUGAUGUGUGAGGAAAAAGUGUAGGGAAAGGGGAGGACAAACUGUUUGCCAAAUAUAUUUUCCAAAAUUAUAUGUGUUAGUCAAGCACAUAACCACUAUUAUUUUGUAGUUAGCUCCUUAGCUAAGGCGUCAUUACGACAAAGGUAGUUAGCUACAGCGUUUAGUCAACUAAGCGAGAACACUUUGUUGCCCGCACAUGCUUUGAUCUCCGCAACAGUAGUAGGCGCGAGUGCAUUGACGAGCAAGGAAACGUGCAGUGUUGCGGUAGUUCAGUACGUGUUGCUUCGUGGAUGGAAACAGACAUGGCUGUUCCGCUAAUACUGUCCUUCACAGAAAGUUCUGUUCGACUUUUAGAGUAGUAGGCCUAUGUUCAUUAACCCCCUAGGGUCGAUUGAAUCCCCAUCAAAAUCCGUCUGUUUAAGCUAGUGAUGUCUCAAUCCACCGCAUCCGCCUAUGUCGGACUUCCGCAUCUGCGGUGGAAAGUGGCAGAGCUACAGCGUUGUUUGUCAGACCAGGAGACAUCCUUAAAAUUGCUCUUCUCACGAAAACAUUUGUAGCAUCCGAACUGUUUGGCCUACACGUUGGUGUUCUCUGUUUUAGUGUUCUCUGUUUUGUUCUACGACCCCCACAAGCCCCACGGGACUCGUCUGAAGUCUGUACCGCCAAUGUGCCAACUUCUGUCUGGAGCACCCAAACCGUUUGGGCUACAAACUAAUAUGACCCCACAAUGGAAAGGGGAAACUCUCACAUACACGAUGGUGUUCUCCAUUUGUUCUACGACACUCAGAAACAAGUGUCACGUAACUCGUCUCAAGGUAACCCGGGACCGGUUAAAACAAUUAAUGGAAGUAUGGUAGUAGUUUUGUGCCAGCAAAAAAAAGGGGUCUGUUUUGUUUUUAUAUAAUUCCUGAGCUUUAUCUUCUAGAUAUAGGAAUGCAACUUCGAAACCUUAUUCCUUAUGAUAACAUUUUUGAAUGUCUGUUUUGCCAUUUAUGAUUGUGAUAUUCAAUGCAUUUCUAUGGGCUAUAGCAGUAAAGGCCAAAUUCAAUAUUUGAUCAAUUAAUUGUUUAAAAAACAAAACAAAGUAUACCUACAGGGGUCCAAAAAUUCAAAAUCAAAUAGCUAAGUGAUCCAUGGUAUGACCAUCUUAAAACAAUUCCAUAAGUUAGCUUAGUUGUUUGCUAUAAUUUAAAUGGAUACUUAGGGACUUCCCCAGAGUCAGAUGAACUCGUGGAUACCAUUUUCAUGUCUCUGCAUGCAGUGUGAAGGAAGUUGCUAACUAGCACAAUUGCUAACUAACGUUAGCGCAAUGACUGGAAAUAGCAUGCUAGCAGAUACCCAUAGACUUCGCAGAUACCCAUAGACUUCCAGUCAUUGUGCUAACGCUAGUUAGCAUUGGCUGGCAAAACUACCUCUAUCUUCCUUCAUACUGGACACAGAGACAUAAAAAUGGUAUCCAUAAGUUCAUCUGACUCUGGGAAGUAUCCCUUCUAGACUCUAGGUUUCUAGAAAUUGCAUUUACAGGUUUUUCAAAUGCAAAAUGCUCCAACUUCCUAAGGGGGAAGUUGACUGACCCCCUCCUGACCUCCCCCUACCCAACCUUAGGCCUACGUCAGCACCACCUUGUCAGAAAAUCCUAGGGAGAGCCCUGAUUGAACAUUUAAAUAUAUUUCUAGUUAGCUACUGAAGAGCAGCCAAUUACCAAGUACCCAUAACAGUCUAUAGCCUACCAUUCCUACUGAGGCAGUCUUCUGCCAACAUCAAUAUUAGGCUAAAAAAGUGCAUUUGCCUAUGAUUUGAGCAGUGUGGGUGUCACACGCCGCCGUGGGGGCUGGGGGUGCCCCCGCCGCGCUGAAGUGGUACUCGUAAAACUUCUUCAAGGUUGGCAGGUCUGUUAUUCCAGCAAGUGAUAUAAACAUUGGCUAUCGUUGUUCCAGCAAAAGAAAUUAACAUUGGCCAUCUUUGUUCCAGGUGGUGAUAUUAACGUCCACCAUCUUUGUUCCAGGUAGUGUUGUACAAGACGGAGCAGGAAGGCAGCGACAGCCCCCGGAGCAGCCUCAACAACAGCCUCUCUGACCAGAGCCUGGCCUCUGUCAACCUCAACAGCGUAGGCAGCGUGCACAGCUACACGCCGGUACGUCACACACCUCCACUUAAUAACACCACUAACACUGCCACAACAGGAUGUUUCCUGUACAAUGGCUUGAGGAGAAGGAAGCUAUACUAAGACUGUGACCCACGUGGCGCUUUAUUCCCUUUAUACUACUACUUCUUAACCAGGACCCAUAUGACUAUGGUCAAAAGUAGUGCACUAUAUGUAAUAGGGUGGCAUUUGGGACACAGAAUAACUGUUGUGUCAAAUUGUAGAGGUAGGGAACAUCUAACCCAGACUGCCUAUAUAGAUUUGAAAGACCUUUGCUUGAAAAAUCAUAUUUAUUUUGUUUUAUUUAUCUUUAAAAGUCUUAGUGGGAAUCUGCCAUGGUUGCUAUUGGUCGACCUUUACUGCUGUACACGACUUCAGUCUUGGAUCAGAGUGGACUUUUCCCAGCCAGUGUUUACUGGCUCACUACUUCAGUGGUUAUUGCGGCAAUGCUGCUCAUGUGAGGCUGUGUUAUUGUUUGUGUCUGAGGCCACGGCAGUGUGACACAGUCACUACUGACACACAACCCCUGUUCCAGACACUGUGUGGAAAUACCUGGAGUGGGGUGGUGUGCAUGCACACACUACUGAGGCGAGGGUUGAAUUCAUACCUAAAAGGUUGUUUAUUUGGGGAAUUAAGGGGAAGAGUAGAAACGAAACUGAACAUUUGCUUUGUAAGAGCCUGUGUCUUACUGUUCAUCACAGGGCAUUUGGUUUCUUCCCCGGUGGAAACUAGAAACCACCGGUUUUCUCAACCUAAUCCUUACCGGUCACCUAGGAUUGCCACAAACAGUUUAUUUAAACCAAGGCACUCCUGUGGUGUUGUAGUGUCUACUGUCUCAUUGUCUGUAGUGUCGGCCAAAGCAAAGAACCCCAAAGACUUAGUCCACUAUGUACUACAGGUCUAAUUUGGGCACAGUGUGGAAACCAAUAUGGGCCUGUGUGACUGUGAGUAGACAAUGUGGUCCAAACUGAAUUCUAUGCUUAGUAUCAUCGGAAGAAACUCCUCAAAUGGACAUAGACAGGUAUCUGCUAAAAUAAACCCCAACAUAAAGUGUCUUAAUAUGGUUUUGGACAACCACGAGCCAGAACAGCUUCAAUGCACCUUGGCAUAGAUUCUACAAGUGUCUGGAACGCUAUUGGAGGGAUGCGAAACCAUUCUUCCACUAGAAAUUCCAUCGUUUGGUGUUUUGUUGAUGGUGGUGGAAAAUGCUGUCUCAGGCGCCGCUCCAGAAUCUCCCAU